GCUCAAACAACCUUGAAUGCUUUUCUUGAUUAGUUAGCAUCAAACAAACAAAGAACAUCACACUUUGGAAGAUCAAGAUCAUCAACAAUAUGAGUUCUUCAUCAUCAGUAGCAAACAGGGCUUGGAUUGUGGCAGCGAGUGUGGGAGCUGUGGAGGCCUUGAAAAGAGACCAAGCAGGGAUCUGCAGGUUGAGUCAAACAAUGAGAUUGGUGCAACAACAUGCCAAGACACACCUCAGAUCUUUUACUCAGGCUAACCAGAGACUCUCUUCCUCAUACUCUGCUUUGUUUUCAAGGAAGCUCAGAGAUGAGAUGCCCAAGCAGUCUGAGGAGUCUAUGAGGAAUGUCAUGUACCUCAACUCUUGGGGUCCCAACUAAACAAAUUUGCUUGCUUACAGAGAAUGAUUGUAAAUUGUAGAUAUCUGAUUCUCUGUAACACAUCAGAAGAGAUUAAUUUGAGAACUUGGUCUUGAUAUAUC